UGUGUGUGUGUGUGUGUGUGUGAAUAGCCUGCAUAGUGUCCUGCAGCUCGCGGCUCGCACAUCACAUGGUCCCGCAGACGGACGUCAAAGCUGGCCGGAGUUGAGGUCACCUGGCCCUGAUAAAAGAGUGAAACGAGCUGACCUCCCGUUAUUUCCACACACCCGCAUCUUUGAAAGAGGCUUCAUGGAUCAGAACUGGUCGAGAGGGACGGGAAAGAAAUGGUCCGGCCCGGUGGAGGUGCAGAUGUGCCAGUCCAUCCUGCCCUGCCACGCGAACCACCGGGGAGAGCUGGGAGCAGGACAGCUGCUGAAGUGGAUGGACACCACCGCCUGCCUCGCAGCGGAAAGGCAUGCAGGAAUGGCGUGUGUAACAGCUUCCAUGGAUGAUAUCCAGUUUGAAGAGACUGUAAGGGUUGGGCAGGUUAUCAAUAUCAAAGCCAGGGUGAACAGGGCUUUCAACACAAGUAUGGAGGUAGGCAUCUAUGUAACAGUACAGGAGGUGCUCAGCGGGGUGACAAAGAGGGUUUGUGUGGCCUUCUCCACGUUCGUUGCCAAACCAACAGGAAUACACAAGGUGUCUCUGAAACCCUUGGACAUUCAGGGCUCUGUAGAGGAAAUGCUUGAAUAUUCACUAGCUUCAGAGAGACGACGACUCCGUCUCUACAACGAAGAGGCCUUCAACAACCUAAUGAAGGACUAUUACAACCUUCAAGACAAGGGACUGUGUAGCAGGAAGCCCGUCACGGCCGUGGUGUCGACCGAGCUCACGCGGGUCGAGAGCAUCGAGCUGGUGCUGCCGCCGCAUGCCAAUCACCAUGGAAACACGUUUGGAGGACAGAUCAUGGCCUGGAUGGAGAACGUGGCUACAGUAGCAGCCAGUCGUUUGUGUGGCUACUAUCCUUCUCUCGGAGCUGUGGACAUGUUCAGAUUCCGAGGUCCGUCCAGCAUCGGUGACAGACUGGUGUUUAAAGCGAUGGUCAAUAAUGUCUUUCAGACCAGCGUGGAGGUUGGUGUUCGGGUGGAGGCAUAUAACUGUGAGGAGUGGAAUGAGGGGACACCAAGACACAUCAACAGUGCCUCCAUGAUUUAUUACGUCCCAGGACUUGACGGACGGAGAAAGGCGGUUUAUUGGUGCUAUUGUCAGGAAGAGAAUUCGCAUGGCCAGGUAAUUUCUCUACAGACAAGUGAAAACUCCAUCGUUUACAUUCCUCGGUGUUUAAAAACAUGCCAAAUUUUAAAUUGUAGGAAACAUAUUCUGUACUCGAGAGAUGAGGGACCGAUUUCCGUGCCUUGGGAUAAAAGUAAUCAGGUGUAUUUGGGGUAUAACAAUGUGGCAGCUCUCACUGUCUUGGCUGGAGAGAGAGGAUGGGAAGCCAGUAACAUCAACGAUAAGAUAGGGCUCUAUGUGCACGAGGAGGCAAAUAAGCUGUGCUUAAAAGUUGAGAUGAAGAUCAAAACCACAGCUUUUCACGCUUUCUCGCUGCUUGCUGAUCUGCGGUUACGGCCACAGUGGGACAAAAACUAUUUGAGCUGUGAAGAGGUCGAGAAAGCAGACGAGGAGGAAACCAUUUAUCGCAUCGAAUGCACCACAGUCAAAGGAAGCAAAAGUCGGGAUUUCGUGGUUCUGUUGUCUAAAAGGCAACCCUGCAAAGAUGGAGAUCCGUAUGUCGUAGCGAUCCGGUCCGUCACCGUGGCAACAGUUCCACCAGAUGACAACUCUAUUCGAAGUGAAGUUAAAUGUGCAGGAUUCCUCGUUCACGAAGUAGGCUAUUCAGCCUGCAAGGUGUCGUACUAUAACCAGGUGACCUCUGGAGUGCUGCCCUAUGUGGAGGGAAACUUAGCCGGCUGGUCCAAGUCUAUGGAAGAGACAGCAAUGUCCUGCAUUUCAUUUCUGGAGAAUGAUUUGUUGACCACAGAGUUCUGAUGCGUCUAAAAACAGAAAAAGAAAGGCUAUGACAACAACUGCCAUCAUAAAAAGUGCAAUUAUAGCAUUGCGUGUUUUUCCGAAGGCCUGUUUACACAAAAAAUGCUAGAUAAUAUCUAUAUUAGGUGUUAUAUUUAAGUUUUACUGUGUUUCUGUCUUUGGUGUCAGUGGGUCUGAAGGCUACAAAUCCAACCAUAAGUAUCUUUGGCGCAAUAUACAUCUGAUUAAACCUGCAUUUUCAUAGUUUCACGGUUUAUACGCUGGACAAAGAUGCAAAGAGUAAAACAGAAAUAAAUAUGGACAUGUAUGUAUGUAAAAUAUGUAGACAGCACAAUUAUUUCAACCAAAAUGUUCAUAAUAAUGUCUGUUAUGAUUAAAUAAUGCUGAAAUUUUUAACAGAUGAUAUAUUGUAUAUUAGCAGGCUAUUGGCUGCGAUGUUGUUUAAUUUGUUUGUUAAUUAAAAUAUGUUUAUUAAUUACCUACUUUUAAUAAAGAGCAGAUCAGGCAGGUGGCGGGAGCAAGCAAUGAGCAAAAGCUGUGCGUAUCAGGAUUUUUUUGGUUUCAAAACGAUUUAAAUACUUUAGCAUUAGUGAAAUUAUUUGCACACAAAAAAGAUUUGCAAUUCCAUUUGAAAAUAGUACAGAAAAUCCUUCCAUGUACAAAUGUGUCUUGUAAAUAAAUGCUGCUUUUCAUUUAAAUAAAAACAAUAAAAGUC